CUGACACCAUUUCAGAAGCCUCCUGUGAAGAGCAAGAAGGUCUGUUUAGGAGCUGCUCGACACAGGACUCCAGGUCCCAAUAAUCCUCAGCUGGGGAAGGAGCCUCUUGAAGCCCUGUGCCUCCUGUCUAUGGAGCUCUAUGGCCACCUGUGUGCUUCUCCAGGGGAUCCUCCUCCUUCUGCUGCCUACACACACCCCUGCCCUCUGUGACACCUUCACACACACUGAGUGCAGUAAACACGAGACUUUCGUGCCCGGCACAUGGCUGGCAGGGGAGGGAGUGGACGUGACCAGUCUCCGGCGCUCAGGCUCCUUCCCAGUGGACACAACCCACUACCUGCGGCCAGAUGGCACCUGCACCCUCUGCAAGAACGUCCUGCAGGACAACACCCUCCAGCGCCUGCCCCUGGCCCUCGUGCACUGGCGUGCCCAGUCCUCUGUCUGCCAGCGCAAGGUAGUCAAAGCCAAGGUCAGCUCUGUCGAGGGUGUGGCCCAGGAUGCAGCUAGCAAAAUCCGCAAUGAUUGGCGGGGGGAGCUAGACGUGACUCCCAAGCCCACGGUCAAUGCACGCUUGUCCAUGGCCGGUUCGCACUCCGAGGCAGCUAACUUUGCAGCCACGAAAACCCUCCAGGAUGAGUACAGCUUCACCAAGGAUGAGGUGGAGUGUCAAUUUUACAGUUUUAAACUAGUACACAACCCCCCACUGCACCCUGAAUUCAAAAAGGCCCUCAGGGCCCUACUCCCCGAAUUCAACAGCUCCACAGAGACUGAGUACUUCAGGCUCAUCUCCGACUAUGGCACCCACUUUAUCCGGUCCAUGAACCUGGGUGGCCGGAUCUCGACCCUCACGGCCCUGCACACCUGUGAACUGGUCUUACAGGGAUUGACAGAUAAGGAGGUGGAGGAUUGCCUGGCUGUCGAGGCUGAGGUCAGCAUAGGCAGCCAGGUCAGGUCUUCAGCAGAAUUCAAGGCCUGUGAGGAGAAGAGGAAGAACAGCAAGAUAACAAACUCCUUCCACCAGACCUUCCGGGAACGUUAUAUUGACAUAGUUGGUGGGCACCACACUUCCUCGCAUGACCUGCUAUUUGGGAACCAUGCCAAGCCCGAACAGUUCUCACAAUGGGUAGAUUCGCUGAAGGACACCCCAGGCCUUGUGGACUACACCUUGGAGCCUCUGCAUGUUCUGCUGAAGAGAGAGGACCCGCACCGCGAGGCCCUGAGACAGGCCGUGAGCAAGUAUGUGUUGCACAGGGCUCGCUGGAGGGACUGCAGCCGGCCCUGCCCUAAGGGGCAGCAGAAGAGCCAACAAGACCCGUGCCAGUGCCUGUGCCAUGGCAUGGAAGUCACCAACCACGGCUGUUGUCCUCGAGAGAGGGGUUUGGCCCGCCUGGAGGUUAAGAACUUCCAGGCGACAGGCCUGUGGGGAGACUGGAUCACUGCCACAGACGCCUAUUUGAAGGUUUUCUUCGCAAGGAAGGAGUUGAGGACAAGCACAGUGUGGAACAACAACAACCCCACAUGGCACACAACGCUGGACUUUCAAGAUGUGGUCCUGACCACGGGGAGGCCCCUGAGGGUGCAGGUCUGGGAUGAAGACUAUGGCUGGGAUGAUGACCUUCUCGGCACAUGUGACACAGAACCAAAAUCUGGGUCACACGAGGUGAACUGCAACCUAAACCACGGUCACCUGAAAUUUUCCUACCAAGCCAAGUGCCUGCACCACCUGACAGGGGAUUUCUGCAUGGACUAUGCCCCCCAAGGGCGUCUGGGGGAGCCUCCAGGAAACAGGAGUGGUGCAGUGUGGUGAGAACAGCAGGCCUGAGGGGACUGGGAUA